UCAGAACUGUCGUGAAAGGGGGCGGGGCGCGUCAGGCUAGAGCCAACGCCAGAGGCCCACGACGCUCCUGGGGCGGCUAGCUGGCUGCUGGCGCCAUGGAGCGUUACGCUGGCGCUUUGGAGGAGGCGAUGGACGGGGCCCGGCAGCAGGAGCGGCACUACCAGCUGCUCUCUGCGCUGCAGGGCCUAGUCAAGGAGCUGCCCAGCUCUUUCCAGCAGCGCCUGUCUUACACCACGCUCAGCGACCUGGCCCUGGCGCUCCUCGACGGCACCGUGUUCGAAAUCGUGCAGGGGCUGCUGGAGAUCCAGCACCUCACCGAGAAGAGCCUGUACAACCAGCGCCUGCGGCUGCAGAACGAGCACCGAGUGCUCAGGCAGGCGCUGCGGCAGAAGCACCAGGAAGCCCAGCAGGCCUGCCGGCCCCACAACCUGCCCGUGCUCCAGGCAGCUCAGCAGCGCGAGCUAGAGGCCGUGGAGCACCGGAUCCGUGAGGAGCAGCGGGCAAUGGACCAGAAGAUCGUCCUGGAGCUGGACCGGAAGGUGGCAGACCAGCAGAGCACACUGGAGAAGGCAGGGGUCGCUGGCUUCUAUGUAACCACCAACCCUCAGGUGGUGGCCAGGCUUCACUGGAAAUCAGCCCUGAGGGCUCACUAGACUGGUCUCCAGGACCCAAUAUCUGCCCCAGGGCCAUGAGGAAAGGAAGGCUGCUUCCUGGGACCUUUGCCAGGGAUAAGGGGGACCUCACAGCAGCUCUGUGCAUUCCCAGGAGCUGACACUACAGAUGAACCUACUGGAGCUCAUUCGGAAGCUGCAACAGAGGGGCUGCCAGACAGGCAAGGCGGCCCUGUGACCAGGCAAGGUUUUUGCCAGUGACUGCUGCUCUUGGUGGCUGGGAAGACAGCCCUGUCCCACAGUCACCUAAGGCAGCAGAAAGCUGAGUGGCACUUGUCUUCCUGAAGUCUGGCUGCCACCUUCCCAGCUGCCUGCAGGAGAGGUGCCCUGUAGGGAGAAGCUGGAUGGACUUGGCUGCACCAGCCACCCACCUUCAUUUGGGUUUUUUGUCCAGAGCUAGGGUGGUAAGGUGAGGGGAAGAGCGGGCCCGCCUUCUGGCUGUCUGCCCCAGGUUUCCCGUUUGUUCUGGUCUCAGGCUCUCCCUUGGCAGGUGCAGCCCCCACCUGGGAAAGGCUCCCAAGCUCUAUGUGACCCCCAAGAAAUAAAGACACCUCAGUAUGGCCUGCA